AUGAUCAUCAUCGUUUUCUUUCUCCUUUUUGUUGGUAAUACACACACGGGUAUUAUUCAAGUAUUUAAUUCAUCAAGUUUCAAUGAAACUGAAAUUAGUCAAUCACCACUUGUUACAUAUAAUAAUGAUAAUGGAACAUCAUUAAAUGAUACUGGAACAACAUUAAAUGAUAAUGAUACGACAUUAAAUGAUAAUCAAUCAUCAAUUCAUAUAGUCGAUAAAAAUCAAUUUGCUGAAACUGUUGUCGAUCUUUUAUUGGAUCUAUUAGAAAAAGCAAAUCUAUCUCGUACUGUAUCUAUUAUACAUAAUGAUACAGAACUAACUGAACUUGUCGAACAAGAUGAUAUUGAUUUACAAACAACGACUAUUAAAUUAACUGAUCCAUAG